AUGAAGAAGCAAGGUGCAGAGGAGGAUAUCGUGAAUGUGGUCUCCCCUAAUUGUUAUCCCAUAAAAAGGAGGUGGUGGACAAAGGAGACGGUGGCCGUUGUCACCGGUGCCAACAAGGGCAUUGGGUUCGCCCUUGUGAGGCACCUCGCCGGGUUCGGGCUCAACGUGGUCCUAACUGCUCGGAGCCCGGCCCGGGGCCUCCAGGCCGUCCGCUCCUUGAGAAGGGAAGGGCUGCAUUGUCAUUUCCAUCCCCUCGACGUCUCCGACCCCAACUCAAUCCAACAUUUUGCCUUGUGGUUCCGACGAACUUUUGGUGUACUUGAUAUUCUCAUAAACAAUGCCGGUGUAUCCUUCAAUGGAAUACAAGAAAACUCGGUCGAGCAAGCUGAGACUGUUCUUCAAACGAAUUUUUACGGACCUAAGAUUCUGACGGAAGCCCUCUUGCCAAUUUUUCGUCGCUCAUCCAACAAAGCUCGGAUUUUUAAUAUCAGCUCAAGGCUUGGAUCGAUAAAUAAGCUGAAGAAUCCGGAAUUAAAAGAAAAGCUCCUUGAUGAAGAUGGUGAGCUAUCGGAGAAGCAUAUAGAGAGUAUGUCGAGGUCAUUUCUAGAGAGUGUGAAGAAUGGGACAUGGAGAAGCCAUGGAUGGCCCAAAGUGUGGACUGAUUAUGCAGUUUCGAAAUUAGCCCUAAAUGCAUAUUCUAGGGUUUUGUCGAAACGUUACAAAGCACAUGGCCUAAGUGUGAAUUGCUUUUGCCCUGGCUUCACUCAGACCGCCAUGACAGGCGGCGUUGGUACGCAUACGGCUGAUGCCGUGGCCGAGGUUGGCGCACGUCUCGUGUUGCUUCCGCCGGAUGAUCUUGCCACCGGAAAGUUUUACUUGUUUGGAUCGAGUUAUAAUUCUUCGAAGUUGUAG